AUCAAAUUAGGUGUUUAUAAACUUCAGCUAAUGGCCGAAAAGUGAAAAUGGGAAUACAAGUGCUCUUUACUCUGUAUGAGCAUGCCUCAGGGUAUGCCUUAUUCAGGAUUAAAGAGUUUGAGGAGGUGGGCAUGCAAAUUCCACAAGUUGAACAAAGUGUCACAGAUCCAAGUAAAUUCCAGUCCAUUGUCCAGCUAGUAGCAUUUUCUCCAUUUAAAAGUGGAACAAAUGCCCUUGACAACAUUAACAGCAUUUCUGAAGGCCUCCUACAUGAGGAUCUUAAAUUAUUUCUCGAGACACAUGUCCCCAAGCCUGGGAAAAAAGAGAAAGUUGUUGUGGGAGUGGCAGAUUCAAAGAUUGGGGCAUCCAUAACAGAAGAGCUAGGAAUCAAGACUAAUCACAUUGGUGUAGUACCAGAAGUGUUGAGAGGGAUCCGAGUACACUUCAGUCGAAUGGUGAAGGGUUUGAAUGAGAAGUCCGAGAGUAAGGCCCAGCUGGGUCUGGGUCACAGCUACUCCAGGGCUAAGGUCAAGUUUAAUGUCAACCGACAGGACAACAUGAUUAUUCAGAGUAUCAGCUUACUGGACCAGCUUGACAAGAACAUCAACACAUUCUCCAUGAGAAUCAGAGAAUGGUACUCCUACCACUUUCCAGAAUUGGUUAAGAUUGUCAACGAUAACUACAUGUUUGCCAAGGUGGCACGAUACAUAGGGAACAGGAAGGAGUUUGAUGAUGACAAGCUGGAAGGUCUAGAGGAGAUAGUCAUGGACAGUGCCAAGGCUUCAGCCAUCCUCGAUGCUUCAAGGUCAUCAAUGGGAAUGGAUAUUUCACCCAUCGACUUGUUAAAUAUUGAGACGUUUGCCACCAAAGUUAUCUCCCUUACUGACUACCGUAUGAGCCUUGCUCAGUACCUUCACAGUAAGAUGACCCAGGUCGCUCCAAACCUUGCCACACUGAUUGGUGAACAGGUUGGAGCCCGCCUGAUAGCCCAUGCUGGAUCAUUGACCAACCUGGCAAAGUAUCCAGCAUCUACGGUACAAAUCCUGGGGGCAGAGAAGGCUUUGUUUAGAGCUUUGAAGAGCAAAGGAAACACGCCCAAAUAUGGUUUGAUAUUCCACUCCACAUUUAUUGGCCGUGCUGGAACACAAAACAAGGGUCGUAUUUCACGUUAUCUGGCUAACAAAUGUUCCAUUGCCUCCAGAAUUGACUGCUUCUCAGAAUACCCUACAUCUGUAUUUGGUGACCAUCUCAGACAGCAGGUCGAAGACAGACUGAAGUUCUAUGAGACUGGAGAUGCACCAUCCAAAAACGUGGAUGUCAUGAAGCUUGCUGUGGAAGAGGCUUCAGAGGUACAGAAAAAGCUAGCAAAGAAAGAAAAGAAAAAGAAGAAAAAGGAUAAGAAGAGGAAAUCUGAGGCUGAUGAGAGUGCAGCCGAUACGACAAUGGAGGCAGAUACCACAGCUGAUCUAGAGGAUGAAGAAACAUCACCUCCUAAAAAGAAAAAGAAGAAAAAGUCCAAGGGUGAGGAGCAAGAGAUAGCCAUGGAGAUGGACGAAUCAGGAGAUACCGGUGGUGAAGAAAAACCUAAGAAAAAGAAAAAGAAGAAGAAGAAGGAUGAGGAUUAGAGGCUACAUGACAUUUACUGUGGCGGAGGUGUUUGGGAAAUAGAUAAUGGAUUGUAAAAUAGGAUAUGUGUUCAUGGAUUCUUUUUCUGUGGGAGACAGUAAUACCAUAAAGUUAGUUAGCUUGAUGAAAAAUUAAUUAUAUGCUUCAUACUUUAUGUACAUAGUAAGCACAGUUGAAUUUAUUAUGGUUGAAAUAUAUACUCCAUAAUUGUUAAAAGAUAAUAUUGGUGUCAUUGUUAAAGAGUAUCUGACAUGGCGGAGAAAUAUUGCAUCAUCUGAUACACAAGCAUAUUUCUGGAUUUGUUGUCGGGGACCAACAUUUUUGUGAGUCAAUUUUUAUGUUGAUUUUACAUCAGGAAAGUCAACAAGUUUCUCCAUCUAAAUAUUUACCUAAAACUGACACCAUACUUUUAGAAGUUAUACUGGGCCUAAUCUGUUUCUCAAAGACAUCCAGUGUACAUUGGUUCAGUAAGAUUAUAAACAUGGACAUUUAGAUCUGAACAAAAUCUAAAUGUAAUAAUUUCAUGAAUCGAAUAUGAAUCACUGAUAUUGCAAUCUGAAUAGUUUAAAAUAUGUUGUGUCUAUAAAUAUGACAGGGCAUUCAGGUUUGGUUACAGAUCUUUCUGGGAAAUAUGGAUGAAAAUAGGUUUUCCUUUGUGUUCAUUAAGAGAUAAAAUAUCCAGACUUGUUUUGUGGGGUCCAUGAAGUUACCAUUAAAACUAAUUUUGUGAGUCCUGAAAUAUUCACUUGUUAUAAAAUUUCAUUUACAAAUUCAUGUAUAUUUUACCUGUCUGGAAACUGGUUUUAACCAUUAAAAUUGAACGUGAAAUUU